GUAAAAGCAGUUCAGCUAGUUACUGACACCGUGGAUGCAAGGGUUUUGACAGACCCUCAGACAUCGCCUGAGGAGCUGGAAAAAUGGAUUCGGGAUGGCCUGCAACCGGAGCUGGCAAAGCUGCGGGAGAAGGACAUCUUCGAAGAGAUGCCUGUGUCACAGGUGCCGUCUGGUGCAAAAAUCCUGCCCGCCAAAGUUGUGCUGACAAAGAAACCCCAGGAUCCGGGUAGUGUGGAUGCUGGGGAUCCUCUGUCGGAGUGGCGAGCCAAGGCCCGCGUUGUGGCUUGUGGCAACCAUGAGCAAGGGACGUUUGGGCAUGAUCCGGAGAACACCUCGACGAAUCCUUCGAUCGAGGCCAUACGCUGGAGCGCUUCUUGUCUGGCGCGGAACCCCGACUGGACGGGUUUAGUGCUGGAUGUUACUGCUGCAUUUCUCAACGCGGAGAUGGACGACGAACAGACCUUCGUGAGACCUCCUGGAGUUUUGUCCAGAGUGGGGUUGCAGGAAGAAGGGAAAGUUUGGCGCUUGAGGAAAGUGUUAUAUGGUUUGCGGAAAGGGCCCCGGCUGUGGGAGGCCUGUAGGAAUGGAGAGCUGAACGGCAAACGCUUUGGUGUGGCUGGCCACGAAUAUUGGUUGGAUCCCCUGGACUCUGGUGUGUGGGCAGUUCGUGAUGCCGUGGAUUCGGGAAGCUUCCAUGGCAUUUUCGAUAUGUACGUAGAUGAUGGGUUGAUUGUUGGACCCAUUGGUAUGUGCAGGGCCCUGGCGGAGAUGCUGGUAACAUUGUGGGAACUCAAACUUCAGGGUUUUCUGGAGUGCAACGAGCUGCAAUGUGGGCAAACAGUACAAGUUGGGGACACAGCGGUCAAGGUACAGAGCGAAGUUCCUUUUCUUGGGAUGGUUAUUCGCCGGAGCCAUGAGGGUGUAUGGUUACAUCAGAAUCCAUGGGUGCAGUCAGAGCUAGCCAAGAGAGGCUGGGAGUGCAUGCGUGGGUCUAUGUCAUUGCCUGAGAUCAUAGAAGGGCAAACAGAGCCUGUGGUUCGAGAUGAAGCCUAUGGCGCCGACCUCCUCCAGGCCCAGUCACAGGCGAUAGGGACUGGGCUACAAGAUAUUUUGCAUUUGUAUGGCGAUGCUUCUUUGGCACCCGGGGCCUCGAGAUCGCGCAGAAGUCGAGGCGAGUGCGACGACGUACCAGGUUGGUUCUAA